AUGAAAAGAGGAAAUAGUCGGCCUAUAAAUAAUAUCCAAAGAGGCAAAGCAGUUGCAAAACCAACAGCCAAAGUGGCAUUUCCUAAAAAAGUUACAAUGGUGGGCGCUUAUGAAAACCUAGCGAGCCUUAUAAAUGAAUAUGAAAAUAUUAAUGAUCCUCUAAUUGGUUUUUCCCAGCCACAGAUAUAUCAGAAACUAUAUGAUGCAAUUAUUAAGAGAGACCUGGAGCUACUAAGGUCAUAUAUAAAUUUCCACAAGGAAGAAAUAGUUCAAGCGUUUCUUAAAACUGAGCCUAAAUCAUUGUUUCAUCUUGCAAUAAAAUCAGGGGUUAUAGAAAUGGUUGAGUCUAUACUUAGGCUAAAUAUUCCAGUAAAUAUUUUGAAUAAAAACUUAAAAACAGCCAUGCAUAAGGCUUGAAAGAAUUUAAAUAUUGUAAAGUUGCUUAUACAGCAUAAUGCUGAUAUCAAUCCGAGAGACAAGAAGGGAAAGGUUCCAUUGCACUAUGCAAUUUUAUCUUUAAGCGGAGACGAACUAGCAGAGCUAGUUGCACUUGGAUUUGAUUUGCAUAUAAAAGAUAAUGAUGGAAAUAUGCCAAUUGAUUUAAUUCAAAAUCAAGAUUUAAAGGCAUUUUUGCUUAAUAAAUAUUUUUGGCAAAAAAGCAAAGGGUUACUGUUUGUCUCAAAAUUCAGGCCAAAUUUUUUUGUUGGAACUCUCAAUAUUAAUCUCAGAAGGGAAAUUCUUGAUUAUUUAUAAAAUAAUCCAAAUUCCUUUAUAUGUUCUUAUAAAAAUUUUUUGGUUUCUUCAUUGCUCAAAAUAUUAUCUAUGAAAUUAAUAUAUACCCA